UAAACAAAUGUCAUCUGUCUUCUGAGUUAACUGCUAGAACGUGGUCCUGUCUGAGAUCCUUCACAUCACUGAACCAUCUCACCAUCUCAGACUCAUUGCUUAGUUUCUCACUAUCACCUCCCGAGCUACCGUCCGUCACAGAGCUAAUAGCCUGUAAACGGACGUCACAAUGCUAUAAAGGGUUAAUCUCAUCACUACCUGGGUUGCGAUAUAUUGAAUUCCAAGAUGCAGCUAGAGAUGACUUUGUUGAAUUUGUCGAGUCUUCAAUACGUUUGACAUCACUGCAACGACUUGUGAUAAAAACUCUUGAUAAAUGGCGAUUCCACUUUGAUACCACCUCAGGUGUUAAGAUAACCGCAUGUCGUCUGUCUUCCAAGAUGACUUCUAGAAUGUGGCCAUGUCUUACAUCUUUCAACUCACUGAAGCAUCUUACCAUCUCAGACUCAUCUCUCAGUUUCUCUUCACCUCCUGAGCUACCAUCGGUCACAAAACUAUCAGCAAAGAGUGUGACGUCACAUUGCUAUGAAGGUCUGAUUUCAUCGCUCCCUGGUUUGGAAGAUAUCGAUAUCAUUAUGGAUGAUGCAGAGGGAGACAUGACCCAUAUCACCGCUGGUCUUCGUCAGACGGGAGGGCAGAAUCUCAAACAUAUAUAUGUUUAUGGUCCGUCGUCACUUUCACCAGAGAGGAGCCGUGUAUCGAUAGAGACAAUGAGAGGACUGGGUCUGUCCAUCAAAGAACAUACACAGAACCUGCAGGAGCUCCAUCUGCGAUGUGUAGAUUGUACAAACGAGGAUGCCUUAGUUUACCUAAUGGAGUGCUGCAGACGUGUGAAGACGAUGCAAUACGUUAGGUAA